CAACCCACUGAUUCAAUAGAAUCAAUCCAUUGCUCUCACUUCCCAAGAUUUCUUCUCCAAGGGAACACAGAAAUGGACAAGCGACCGAUAAUCGCCGCCGCCGGCGAUACUGACCGGAUAUCAGCACUGCCCGACGAAAUCAUACACAACAUCCUAUGCCGUCUGGACGCUCCCGAACAAGUGGCGAGAACCAGCUGGUUGUCCCGGAGAUGGCUUCAUCUAUGGCAAUCAUACCCGAUGCUUGAGUUCCGCCUCCAGGAGUUCGACCAGUCCACCGCCACUUACGAAAAAUUCGCCAGAUUCGCUGCGGCCUCGUUCAGGAGGAUUUCUCAGUACUACGAGAACUGCAAGGCGCCGUUGGACUCGUUCAGAUUCUCACUGCCGAUUCGCGGAUUCGCUGAUUUCCAGAUCGUGAGGGAAGACUUCGACAUGUUGCUAGCGUCGGCGCUGGGUGGCGCCGCCGAGUACGGAUCCCCGCUCGAGGUCGUGAUCAGAUUCGGAGCCCUCAGCGUCUACAGUUUCCCGGCGGGAUCCUUCUCCAAUUACAGCCGCACGAAAGUCCUCAAGCUCCAAUUCUGCAACUUGAACGGACUAGCAAAGGUUUCUCUGCACGCUCUCCAGGUUCUUGAUCUCCGAUCUGUCCAUCUCACCGAACAGUUGCUCUACAAUGUCGUUGCUAAUGCUCCUAAUCUCGAGUCAUUGUGCUUGCGACUAUGCCCUGGAAUUCGGAAGCUAGAUGUCACAAGAGGUUAGUCUUCUUCGAGCUUGAAAGGAUGGAAUAUAAGCUGAAAGCAGUAUCAUCGUCCACUUCAGCUCCGAAUCUAAAAUCUCUGAAAUUUUGGAGCAUAAAUCCAAUCUACAAGGCUUGAUCUUGAGGACUUCAUUUCCAGAUUGCCAUCUCUUGAGUAUCUGUACCUGUGGGGUGCAUGCCUUAGUGGCCAGUAUCUCUGCAGCCUCAUGGCUAAUGCUCCUUGUCUCCAGACAUUGAGAUUCGAGUAUCGCCCUGUAAUGUAAUGGGAAGGCAGCUGAAGAUAUCUCGCGGCAACUUUUCUGACUUGGAAAUCAGACUCUCCUCUGCACCUCGAGACGUGAAGUACCAGAUGGAGCUCCACCUUACUUCAGCACCUUGCCUGAGGAGUUUGGGGAUUAUAGAGUUGAGGGGGAGGGGGAGCUACAAGCUGAAUAUAGAAUCAGCAUCUGCAGCUCCGAAUCUCAAAAUUUUGAACCUUAGUGUCCCCAAGGGAUUCACGCAGAGCCAUCUUGAUGAGUUUGUUUCCAAGUUGCCAUCUCUCGAGCAUCUCUAUUUGGAAAUCACCUAUGGCGGCAGCAGCAGUGAAAUGAGUAAGAUGAGGGUUUCGAGUCAUCAGCUUCGGGUGUUAGAGCUGCAUGACCGUGUCUGCGGCGCAGAGAAGAUGAAUCUGCGGGAGCUUGAAAUAGAUGCUCCUAAUUUGGUGACUGUCCGGUACAUGGGACGUCGGUUCAGGUUUCCAAGCAAGAUUAAUGUUGUGAAUGUGAGUUAUGAUUGUCGAUUUGUAGUUGAAGGGUAUAGUGUGCCUUCCGCCACUAUGUGCUUGACAUUCGAAUGGUUUCUCCGACUGAGGCAGUCUCUCUCGACAUUGAGUCCUUUCCACCUGGUACUGCAAUUGCACGGCCUGCGGAUGUUACAACAGGUCUCAUUUGAUUUGAGUCAAGUUGAAUGCACUUCACCUCCUGUAACCAUUCAGCACCUGCAAUUGGAGACCUCAUUCGUGAAUUCCCCAGAUAGCCCCGAAGAUGAGUUUGAUAAGGCUCCUCCUGAGGUUGUUCACUGUGAUAUACAAAAUGACGCUACUUUCCUCGAUGGCCUAUUUUGGGCUUGCCGCCCUAAAUUCAUCGACAUGACCCAUCAUUCUGAUGUAGAUCGUCGGUUUGCUGAGUUCGUGUACGAGCAACUUACGAACAAAGACUCCGCUAAGUGUUGUGUGGACACCAAGUGUUGGCGACAUGAGCUAAAGGAUGUGAAGAUAGAGAAUGCAGUUCAUGAUUGUAGCAGCGAGGCCGUGGAGGUUUUCAAGAACGUCUCACCCGGUGCGACGAUUUCGUUUAUGUUAACGUGGUGUUAAUUGUCGGAUCGGUGUACAAAGGCUCGAUUUGUUUAGGCUUUCGUUUGUUAAAUCGGUUUGAGCAAGAGUAAUUGUCUGAAUUAAGCCUGAUGCCUUGCCAACUGAUAGGAUCUGAACAGACCCUUAAUAGGGUGUCAAGCGUGCCUAAGUUUUGGUCAGAGAGAGUGUUACAGCAUCAACACUGAAAGAUACAAUCUUGUGAACUUGGAGAGCACUUGGACUAGAUCAUUAAGAGGAAAUUGAUAUCCCUUGUGGCAAUUUUUUUGCUGCUGCUGUAAUCUUAUUGUUGCUUCUGCUGGUAUUUUUCCUACUGUAAUUUUUGUUGAAGCUGC